CUGGAGCAUAUGGAUAUAUCGGAUCGGUCUUAUCGAUAGACUCUGCAAUUUAAUUUGUAAAUAAACAUGGAAUUGGAGGGAUCUGAACUUGGUACUAAGGAUUAUUGGGAAACCAGCUACACGCGCGAGAUCAAGAAUUACAAAAGCCAUGGAGAUGUGGGUGAAAUCUGGUUUGAUGAGGACUCCCAACAACGCGUUGUUGACUGGCUGCUAAAGCAGGACAACAUUGACAAGCAGAAGGCACGUGUAUUGGACUUGGGUUGCGGCAAUGGCAUGUUUCUAAUUGCUCUCGGGAAUGAGGGAUACACUCAGCUAACAGGCGUGGACUACUCACCUAAAGCCAUAGAGCUGGCACAAGGCAUUGCCAAGGAUCAAACGCUAAGCAUAAACUAUCAAGUGGCUGAUUUAACGCAAGGCGCACAGGAACUGGGCACUUAUCAAAUUGUUCAUGAUAAGGGCACCUACGAUGCGGUGAGCUUGUGUCCCGACAAUCCCAAGGAGAAGCGCAUGCAAUAUCUUGCAACAGUGGCGCAAUUGUUGCAGGAUGAGGAGAGCUUCUUUGUCAUAACAUCCUGCAAUUGGACGGAGGAUGAGUUGCUGCAGAGCUUUGAUGAGCUGUUUACCAAACAUUGUACAAUACCAACACCCACAUUCAAAUUUGGUGGCAAGGUGGGCAAUGUAGUUACAUCGGUUGUAUUUAAGAAGCGCAAAACGAAAUAAGCAUCAAUAUUAUAUGUUGACAAAUAUUAUAUUGCAUUUACCGUCAAUAAAACUUUAUU